UUAAGAUGAAUUUAAUUUCCUCUUAUGUCUUCACUAAAGAAUGUCCUUUAUUUCCAAGCUGGGUUUGGAGUCAUAGCCAAUAUGUGUCUUCUUUUUCUCUAUACUUUCAUAAUUGUAGGUCACAGACUUAAGCCCACAGACCUGAUGUCCUAUCAACUGACCUUCAUUCACAUAAUGAUGAUCCUCACUGGUGGUGACAUUUGGCUUACAGACAUAUUUGAGUCACUGAACAUUGAGAACGACUUCAAAUGUAAGGCAACUUUUUACAUACACAGGGUGAUGAGAGGCCUCUCUAUCUGCAUCACCUGCCUCCUGAGUGUGUUCCAGGCUGUCACUAUCAGUCCCAGUACCUCUUUUUUGGCAAAAUUUAAACCUAAGCUAAAAAAAUACAUGAUUAGUGCUUUCUUCUCUAUUUGGUCUUUCAAUUUGUCCUUCAGUAGUAACCUGAUAUUCUAUGUUGGUGGUUUUACCAAUGUGAGUGAGACAAACCAGAUGAAGGUCACUGAAUCCUGCUCACUCUUCCCCAUGAACUACAUCAUCUGGGGAGUGAUUUUAGCAGUGACAACAUCCAGAGAUGUGUUUCUUGUAGGAGUCAUGCUGACCACAAGUGCAUACAUGGUCAUCAUCCUGUUCAGACAUCAGAGGCAAUGCAAGCAUCUUCACAGCAUCAGCCACCUGAGAGUGUCCCCUGAGAAAAGGGCCACGUGGACCAUCUUGCUGCUGGUAGUUUUCUUUGUCAUCAUGUACUGGGUGGACUUCCUCAUCUCAAAUACCUCAAUCCUAGUAUGGAUGUAUGACCCAUUCAUUCUGACUCUUCAGAAGUUUGUGAUGAAUACCUAUCCCACAAUUACUCCUUUGGUACACAUCAGCUCUGAUAAGAGACUAAUCAAUGCGCUGAAAAACAAGCAGUCAAAGUGCCACCAGAUUUUUUAA